UUUCUUGUGAGGAGGCCGGCUCAAGGCUGAGUCAUUGUCUGAGAGGAGACAGUCAUCACAAUAGGAUAACAUGAUGGUUGAAUAGUGGAGAAAUGCUGCACUCAACUAUGGAACCCAGCAAAGUUCUCCAUUUCUUGCCAUCCGACGCUGAUGACUCCGGCUAUGUCCUACUCAGCACAUCAAGAAAGUACGUGAAGUUGAUGAACUUUGAGGAAGAGGUGCGGGGGCAUCGAGACCUGGACGGCUUCCUGGCCAGAGCUAGCAUCCUAUUGGACGAAACGGCGCCGACGCUAGACGACGUUCUGAAGAGGAUGUUGCAUCACGUGGGGCAGGACAGCCACACGGCCGAGCCAGGAUGUAAUUUUGAGGAGGUCGUGAGCAUGUUGUUCACCGACGCAGGAGCACAGGAGGUUAAAGUCCACCUGGUGUCAGAGACCAUCCAGGGAGUAACAGCCACUGCCACCGGGGUCCAAUACCAACAAUCGUGGCUAUGUAUCCUCUGCAAUGUGAAGAGUCUCCUGAGACGUCAUGUCUGUAUCUCUCGUCUGGAGCGGCCUCAGAACUGGGGAGAGAACUGCUGUGAAGUCCGUUAUGUUAUCCUCAUCCUGGCCCCACUCAAAAUGAAGAGUACGAAGACAGCGAUGGAGCUCGGCAGGACAUUUGGGACGUUAUUCUCAGACAUCUCAUUUAGACAGAAGCUCCUAGAGACCAAGACACAGGAGGAGUUUAAAGAAGCCCUGGUGUUCCAACGACACCAGCUCACAGCAGCCAAUCAGCAACCUGCUGCAGUGGAGGAGGAGGAGGAGGAAGAAGAGGAGGAGACUGACCCACACUCCCACAAGCCACUCAAGUGUAAAGACUUCUUCAGGCCCGGGCGGGGGAUUUAUGAAGACCUGUGUCGCAGAAUGCCACUUUACUCUUCAGACUUUACAGAUGGUGUAGUAGGCAGUAAUAAGACUGUACUGAAGUACAUGACAACAGCUGUCUUCCUGUACAUUGCUAUCCUCCUCCCUGCCAUCGCUUUCGGCUCACUCAACGAUGAGAGAACACGGGGCGAGAUUGAUGUCCAGAAGACCAUUAUCGGCCAAAGUAUAGGAGGGCUCAUCUAUUCUCUUUUCGCUGGGUCACCGUUGGUCAUCCCUCUGACCACAGCUCCUCUGGCCAUCUUCAUCAGUGUGAUCCGUGGUCUCUGUGAUGACUAUGACUUGGACUUUACAGCGUUCUACGCCUGCAUCGGUCUCUGGAACUCCCUCUUCCUCAUCCUGGGAGGCAUCUUCAACGUCUCCCUGCUCAUGAAGCUGUUCAAAAGGUCAACAGAGGAGGUCAUAGCUCUGUUCAUCUCUAUAGCCUUCGUGGCGGACGCUCUGAAGGGAACCGUCAAAAUCUUCCAUAAAUACUACCACGCCCCGACGCUGACCAAUGGAAGUGGGGAGGCGUUGCUACGGCUACAGGAGCAGGGGGGUGUGACCCUACUGGGGGGUAACGGGACAGGGGCGGGGGGAGGAGGGGUGGGGAGCUCUCUCCCUCUGCCUGACUCCUUCAUCCAGUGUACCAGGGAGAGACCAGUCCUGUGUCUGCUGCUGAUGCUGGGAACCCUGUGGCUGGGCUACACCCUCUACCAGUUUAAAAAGAGUCCAUUUCUCCAUUCCAAGGUGAGAGAGGUUUUGUCAGACUGUGCCCUGCCCAUCUCGGUUUUGGCAUUCUCCUUCAUCGGAUCCUACCUGUUCAACGACAUCGAGCUUCCAGUGUUUAACUUCCGUAACGGUCCGAUGUUCAACAUUGCUCCAGUUGGGAAGUUGUCAGUCAUGAACGUUUUGUCGGCCAUGGGCCUCGGCUUCCUCCUGGCUCUCCUCAUCUUCAUCGACCAGAACAUUGUGGUCUCUCUCACCAACGUUCCCGAGAACAGGCUGCUGAAGGGAACAGCAUACCACUGGGACCUGAUGCUCUCUGGGCUCAUCAACAUCCUGAUGUCUCUCCUGGGGUUACCAUGGAUGCACGCAGCCUUCCCCCACUCCACCCUGCACGUCAGACACCUAGCCUUCGUAGAGCAGCGGGUAGAGGGAGGACAUCUAUAUGAGACUAUCGUCAGUGUAAAGGAGACCAGGCUAACAUCUCUAGUGGCCAACAUCUUCAUCGGUAUGUCAGUGUUUCUGCUACCAGUUCCUCUCCGGUGGAUCCCCAAACCUGUCCUCUACGGACUCUUCCUUUACAUCGCACUUACAUCUAUAGACGGGAACCAGAUGUGUGACCGGAUGGCCCUGCUUCUCAAAGAACAGACGUCCUACCCCCCCGCCCACUACAUCCGUAAGGUUCCUCAGAGGAAGAUCCACUAUUUCACCUUCCUCCAGAUAAUGCAGCUACUGGUGCUGUGUGGCUUUGGCAUGUCCCCUCUACCCUACAUGAAGAUGGCAUUCCCUCUCGUUAUGGUACUGCUUAUACCUAUCAGGAACUGUGUUCUUCCUCACAUCAUCGAGGCGAAAUACCUGGAUAUCAUGGACGCCCAACACAUGUGAAGCACUGGAACAAAGGGAUGGAGGGAGAGGUGAAGAGAGGCAGAGCGAGAGAGUGAGAGAGAGGUGCACAUCAGGACCUGUAUGAACAGACAGACCAGGUGUCUCCUCUCUCUAUCAGCAGGAACAGGUCUGGACCAGCGCCAGGUGAUCAAAAUCCAGGACCGACCUGAACUCUGUUCCACCUCUUCUCCCCACAGCUUCUUAGAACUCCAGUCCAGUGCCACGAAACGCCGUUCCUGCAUUUGUAUUAUUCUCUGUUGUUGGUCUGGUUUGUUUAUGUAAGGUUGUGCCAUGGUUGGCUUGGCAACAUGUAGGACCUCAGAGAUUUGUCACACUCUCCGUCUGGUGCUGAUCUCUCAGUGACUCUGAUACGGUGCCAACAUUUAGAAAAACAUAUUACUGAGUGUGAAUGCAACAAUUUGCAUGCCUUCACACAGACACAACCUCUCCAAAUCUCUCUCUCCCUCUCUCGCCCUGUGUCUCUCUCUCUCCCUGUCUCUCACUCUCCCUCUCCCUCUCUCACCCUGUCUCUCUCUCUCGCCCUGUCUCUCUCUCUCGCCCUGUCUCUCUCUCUCACCCUGUCUCGCUCUCCUUCUAUCUCUCUCGCCCUGUCUCUCUCUCUCUCUCCUUUUCUCUCUCUCUACCCCUCUCUCUCUCUCUCUCCCCCCCUUGUCUCUCUCCCCCCCCCUCCCCCUCCCUUAAGAUAAGUAAUAAUUAUGUAAGAUGACACCACAGACCAAAAUUAUAGUUUAACAUUGAUUUGAUUGUGAAUACAGUAUAUCAUAGCAGUAUACACAUAUUUUAGAUGUUUUAAGAAAGGUUAAUUUGGAUAAAUAAUACCGAUGUGGACCUCAUCAAUAUUAAUGUAUGUGCUCAUUUGUUCCUGACUCGGAAGGAGCAAUAUGAGCCAGUCUUGAUGUUUUACAAAUAUAUAUUUUUUUACAAAAUGUUUUUCAAUAUCUGCUUACCAUUCCUUCUUACAUAUUGCAUCUGUGUUUACAAGACCAGCAAGACCAUGGAAAACAGUUCUCUAAUAACUUACUGUAAUUGGGGUGGCAGGUAGCCUAGCGGUUAGAGCAUUGGGCCAGUAACCAAAAGGUUAACAAUACAGUUCUCUGAUAACUUACUGUAAUUUUAGAUUUUACAUGUGACAUUCCUAAUUGCAGGGUAGACUGGCAUUGGUUUGCUAGUGAUCAUGUCUUGGAAUUAAUUGACAGAGAACAGAACUUCCGCAAUGUUACUUUUGUACCUUCUGGCGGAGCUGGAGUAACACAGCCUUGGGACGGAUGUAACACAGCCUUGGGACGGAAGUAACACAGCCUUGGGACGGAAGUAACACAGCCUUGGGACGGAAGUAACACAGCCUUGGGACGGAAGUAACACAGCCUUGGGACGGAAGUAACACAGCCUUGGGACGGAAGUAACACAGCCCUGGGACAGAAGUAACACAGCCUUGGGACAGAAGUAACACAGCCAUGGGACGGAAGUAACACAGCCCUGGGACAGAAGUAACACAGCCUUGGGACAGAAGUAACACAGCCAUGGGACGGAAGUAACACAGCCCUGGGACGGAAGUAACACGGCCUUGGGACGGAAGUAACACAGCCCUGGGACGGAAGUAACACAGCUUCGGGACGGAAGUAACACAGCCUUGGGACGGAAGUAACACAGCCUUGGGACAGAAGUAACACAGCCAUGGGACGGAAGUAACACAGCCCUGGGACAGAAGUAACACAGCCUUGGGACAGAAGUAACACAGCCAUGGGACGGAAGUAACACAGCCCUGGGACGGAAGUAACACGGCCUUGGGACGGAAGUAACACAGCCCUGGGACGGAAGUAACACAGCUUCGGGACGGAAGUAACACAGCCUUGGGACGGAAGUAACACAGCCUUGGGACGGAAGUAACACAGCCUUGGGACGGAAGUAACACAGCCCUGGGACGGAAGUAACACAGCUUUGGGACGGAAGUAACACAGCCUUGGGACGGAAGUAACACAGCCUUGGGACGGAAGUAACACAUCCUUGGGACGGAAGUAACACAGCCCUGGGACGGAAGUAACACAGCCUUGGGACGGAAGUAGCACAGCCUUGGGACGGAAGUAACACAGCCUUGGGACGGAAGUAACACAGCCUUGGGACGGAAGUAACACAGUCCUGGGACGGAAGUAACACGGCCUUGGGACGGAAGUAACACAGCCCUGGGACGGAAGUAACACAGUCCUGGGACGGAAGUAACAGGUGGCGAGAAGUUUACAAUAUCUGUCUUAUCUCCAUGUUUCUGGUUUGUAAUGCUCGUUACUUUCAAAUGUCAGACACCAUUUCAUGUUAUGUCGAUUUGAAUAGUUAACGCUAUAGGUUUGAAAUGUAUGAAAAUGAACCAUGCGUCAACAUCACAAUGCUGUGUAACAACUACAUUUUGCCUUACAAUCUUAAUGUGACUACAGUGGAUGACAUAAUAGCUAUAUUGACCAUAAUUUUCAUCUCUCUUAAAAUGGCACUGUGGUAGAAUAUCUUUCUCACCAUUUUCAAUGACUAUUCAUGCUUAGCCAAUCAAGUGCUCCAGCUGUCCUUGUCAUGUGCUCCUCGUGUCUUGAUGGAAUAUUAGCCCUACCAAUCAUGUGCUCCUCGUGUCUUGAUGGAAUAUUAGCCCUACCAAUCAGGUGCUCCUCGUGUCUUGAUGGAAUAUUAGCCCUACCAAUCAGGUGCUCCUCGUGUCUUGAUGGAAUAUUAGCCCUACCAAUCAGGUGCUCCUCGUGUCUUGAUAGAAUAGUAGCCCUACCAACCAGGUGCUGCUCGUGUCUUGAUAGAAUAAACUAUUUUAUUCUCUUCAUAAACAGCAAACUCAUCAGACUUAUCACAUUUCUUGUCACACCCUGAUCUGUUUCACCUGUCCUUGUGAUUGUCUCCACCCCCCUCCAGGUGUCGCCCAACUUCCCCAUUAUCCCCUGUGUAUUUAUACCUGUGUUCUCUGUUUGUCUGUUGCCAGUUCGUUUUGUUUCAUCAAGCCUACCAGCGUUUUUCCCUCUGCUCCUGUCUCUCGAUUGUUCCUGUUUUCUAGUUUUCCCAGUGUUGACCAUUCUGCCUGCCCUGACCCUGACCCUGACCCUGAGCCUGCCCCUAACCCUGACCCUGACCCUGACCCUGACCCUGACCCUAACCCUGACCCUGACCCUGAGCCUGACCCUGACCCUGAGCCUGACCCUGAGCCUGAGCCUGAGCCUGAGCCUGACCCUGAGCCUGAGCCUGACCCUGAGCCUGACCCUGAGCCUGAGCCUGACCCUGACCCUGAGCCUGAGCCUGAGCCUGACCCUGCCCUGCCCUGACCCUGAGCCUGCCUGUGGUCCUGUACCUUUGCCCUUUCUGGAUUACCGACCUCUGCCUGCCCUGGACCUGCUUUUUGCCUGCCCCUGUUUGAUUAAUAAACUGUUGUUACUUCGUCAUUGUCUGCAUCUGGGUCUUACCUGAAACGUGAUAACUAUAGUGGGCUUAUUGUAACUGAGUGACUGAGACUUGUAAAAGUGUGGUUUAAAUAAAUGUACAUAUAUUGAUUGCUAGGCAUACAAAUAAGAUCAAUGAUUGAUAGGUAUGGCCCAACCUGUCUAGAUUGUGAACAGCUGACUCUUGGCAGAAUGCAUUGCUUGACUGCCGUGAGGGUGAUGAGCACAAUAUUGUUCAUGAACUACUGCCAUUGCCAUUUUAUGGGCUCCUAACCAACUUUUCAUUUACCAACAAGUUAUUUUGUUUGUUUUUCCACAUUGUUUGUAACUCAUUUCGUAAAUAAUGUUGCUGCUACCGUCUCUAAUGACCCAAAAAUAGCUUCUGUACAUCGGAACAGCGAUUACUCACCUCCAACUGGACCAAGAUGUUUUCUUUAAUGAGUCUGAAGCAAAGGAUAUACUGCUUUGUCAAGACAAGGCCCAAAUCCCUGUCAUCCGUGUGAAGAAAAGAUGGACAAAAAGAUGGAGGGCGGGGUGCCUUGUAAGAAUUUGCAGACGAGGAGGUAAACCACCACUACCCUCCGUAUUAUUGGCCAACGUGCAAUCAUUGGAAAACAAACUGGACGAUCUAUAAUUAAGACUAUACUACCAACGGGACAUAAAAACUGUAAUAUCUUAUGUUUCACUGAGACCUUGCUGAAGGACGACACAGAUCAUAUAGAGCUGGCUGGCUUCACCGUGCAUCGGCAGGACAAAGCAGCUACGUCUGGUAAGACGAGGGGUGGGGGUGUGUCUAUUUGGUCAAUAACUGCUGGUGCGCAAUGUCUAAUAUUAAAGAAGUCUUGAGGUGUUUCUCGAGAUAAGCUGUGAACCACA